AUGGUGCGGCUGUAUAAGGUGAAGGGACAAAAGCGAAAGAAGAAAGAAAAGUAUGAUAGAGAAGAAGAAUCUGAACAAUUAGAUGACAAUGAUAUACCAGAGUCACCAAAGAAAGCGAAAACAGAGGGCUCUGGGUUGGACAAUGAGAAAGCAGACCAAGUUAUUGAUGAAAUGCCCGGAAUCCCCAUUGUUCCAGCCGAUACGGGCAAAAAGCCUGGGGUUAUUUUUAUUCUUGAGAAGGCUUCCUUGGAAAUUGGGAAAGUUGGAAAGAGUUAUCAGCUUUUAAGUUCUGAUGAACAUGCGAAUUAUUUAAUGAAGAAUAAGCGGAACCCAGCAGAAUAUCGUCCAGACAUUGCUUUUCAGGCCAUCCAGACGAUUUUAGAUAGCCGCGUGAACAAAAGUGGGAGAUUGAAAGCUUUGUAUGUGAGGACACAGCAAGGUAUUCUCUUUCAAAUCAAACCUCAUGCUCGUAUGCCGAGGACAUAUAAGCGCUUCUCUGGUCUCAUGGUGCAACUGCUGCAAAAGCUGCAUAUUACUGCAGCUGGAAAGGGCGAGAAACUUUUGCGUGUUAUCAAGAAUCCUGUAACCCAGUAUUUGCCCAUCAACUCUCGUAAAAUAGGCUUUUCACAUAGUUCAGAAAAGUUAGUCGAUAUGUAUGACUAUGUUGGUACCGUUGCCAAUGACAUGGACCUUGUUUUUGUACUUGGAGCAAUGGCCCAUGGGAAAAUUGAUAAAGACUAUGUAGAAGAUUAUCUAUCUAUUUCUGAAUUUCCAAUGAGCGCUGCAUACUGCAUAUCAAUAAUCACGACAGCAGUGGAGCGCAAGUGGAAGAUUUUGUGA